CCGAUCAGACGGUAGACACGCGGCCGCAGCAGCAGCCCGCGGGCGGAGAGUUCCUCCCACAGGCCAGAGCCAGAGGAGGGGAGGCCUUCCUUCCCCUUCCCCCAUCUUCUCCUUUACCUUAUCGGCGUCAUCGCCAUCACCCGUCAUAACUCGCGGCCGCACGCGUCGUACCAAAAGGAGGGAGGAAAAAGGGAUCUCCACUCCACUCCGCCUCCCCCUCCGCCCCGCACGGUUCCAAUCUGGUUCUCGGCCCAGCAAUCGAGGAUGGGGAAGAACCAGGCGUACAAGGCGAUGCAGCGGGCGCGGCUGGGCUCGUCCUCCGGCGCCCCCGGCGAAGGGGAGGAAGACGGCAUGACGGACGGUUCAUUUCAUUCUCCAGAGUGGCACGCGGCGCGCUUGGCCAGCCUCAACAAGACCCACACCCUCACGUGGGAGGAGUUCAAGAAGAAGCAGAAGGACGAGGAGCUAAAGAGAGGUGAGGUGGAGGCUGACAAAGAUAAAAUGAUGAGAGAGUAUAGAGCUCAACUGGAUGCUGAAAGGGCCCAAAAGCUUGGUCGUGGAAGAGACGUUGUAAAGUCAAAAUCAUCAUCUUCCAAGAAAGAAAAGAAGGAAAAGGACGCAAAGAAACGGAUUAAAAAGAGGAGGAAGCACAGAAGUUCGUCAGAAAGUUCCAGCUCAUCAGAAUCAUCAAGUAGUGAUGAUGAGGACAGGGGUUCAAGAAAAUCCCGAUCCCGAUCAAGAUCAAAGCGAAGUAAGAAAGAUAAGAAGCACAGGUCCCGAUCCAAGCAUGCGGGAAGUGACAGCGAGGAGGAAGGCCCUGUUCGCCUCUCGAAAUUCUUUGGGAAUGCAAAGAAUUAGAUGCUAUAUCGAUACGCCCAAUACCAAUUUGCUUGCACCUGAGGUCAUAUCAUUUUGAAUCGUCAAUUGGUGGGUGUUGAUUGUAUUCUAUUGAGACGACUCUCAGAAGGUUGUGGGAACCAGUUUCCAUGUUGUUUCUCAACAGAAUGUUCGGUAACUGGAGGUUUAGGUGUUGAACCAUUAUAUGGUAUCCUGCAACUUGUAAGAAAUAUCAAAUCAUUGUUACAUUGUUGUACUUGAUGGAUAGUGACAGUAUUUAUAUUCGAUUUGAACUGCUUUAA